CUGAUUUUAGAAUUAAAGUGUGUGCGCAAUUUUAAACAAAGCUGGAGUAACUAAGGAGGCGCUUUGUUUUCUUUUAAGCAAAUUAACAAAAUAGCCCAAAAAGUCUAGUUUAUUCUCAGUAUACCCAAAAUAAAAUAUUUGUGAAUAUCCUAAAAUGGCAUCUUCAGGUCCAGCUGAAGAAAACGAGCCACCAUUUGAAAACGCCGAUGUUUAUCAUGAUGACGGACAUACAAAGGGAAACCGAGAAUCGAAUGAGUCAAUGAGUACAUAUUUAUCUAGUACAGUUUACUCUAAGGAAGAUUUGGAAAAUUUAGUUGAGCUUAUCCAACGAAUGACUAUUUUAUAUUCACUUGAUCACAGGGAUUGGACUGAAAGCACUCUAAAUAUUAUAAGACAUUGGAUACUUAAGCCGAGCAAACCAAUGCUUACAUUAUUUUACGAUUCAAAUAUCAUAACGGCAUGCCUAGGAUUCCCAGUUGCACCCAUUCUUGACAUUACUUACUUUGUGCGAUCACCUAAUCAAAUUAUCACCGCUGAUGCAUUUCAUGAUAUUGUACAUUUUGGGACCAUUCAUAAUGAUGUUGACGGUUGCCUGCUUCGCAUUCUCGAGUUGGCAUAUGCUCCUAUAUUUCGGAAUCACUCAGAGUGGGAUGACAAUAUAAAACAGCGCUUCUGCAAAGCUUUAGACAAGUUUCUUGUCUAUUUAACGGGAAUGCACUUUAAAAUGUCAGGAAUGACAGUGUUAUAUGUUCCUUAUAUUGUGAGGCAAAUUCCACGGCAAAACAUUUCAUAUGAUCCUGAGUUUGUAAAGAACCUUGAGUCGAUCUCAGUUUUUUGGGCAACGCAGAUACGGACCCUUUUGAAUGACAAGACUUUAUCUGUUCCCAAUGAUUUUGUCAUAUUAGAGGAUGAAUACGAAUUUUGGCUUUAUCGGUUUGAAGUUUUGCAAGCGCUCAACACACAAUUAGAACAAGUUGAUGUACAAAGUAUAAUUAAAAUUCUUCGAAAUUCUCAUUCAGUGUACAUUAAACAAAUUGAUGAACUAGUUUAUGAGUCUACGUCCGAAAUGGAACGGGCAAUGUCAAAUAUCAAAUUUCUACAUCUUCUUAUGGACCCAUGUGCUGAAAUUAAUCUCACUGAAAGUCCUGCAAUAUUAUCUCAGCUAUUGCCAAAAAUCAUAAAUCUUAUCUAUUUUAUUUGGGUAAAUUCGGAACAUUACAAUAGACGAGACUUAAUUACAAGUCUAUUUCGUGACUUGAGCAACCGAAUUAUACGGUUUUGCACAGAAAUGAUAAAUUUGGAUAAAAUACUUUCUGGAAGUUCCCGAUUUGGAAUAAAAGUCUGCAACUUGUCUCUGAAUUGUUGUCUUACCUACAAAGGAAUCUAUAGUUUAAUGGCGAAAGAAAAUGCUAAGUUUGAUAAUAGAUUGGGUUGGAAUUUAGACAAUGCUAUGAUUUUUAAUCACGUAGAUGCUUUUAUGGAGCGCCUAAAUGAUGUCAUAGACAUAUGCGAGUCGAUGAUUGUAUUUGGAAGAUUGGAUGAAGCUGAGAGCAUUCCCAAACCACAGUUCGGUGGAACUACUGGGCCUGAGUUUGAAAAAACAACUGAGUCAGUCGAGAAUCAAUUCCUAGCAACCUUAACAGCACUAAAUACAGACUCCAAGGAGUUAAUAUUAAACGUGCAUAAAAACGAUUGGUAUGAAGAAGUUCUUAAAUAUCGACGAACAGUUCAAAGUAUGGAUGAGACUGUCCAAAGACUUAUGUCGAAUGUGUUUUUACAUGUCUGCAACGUUGAAGAAGCAAUCGAAUCUUUAAAUGUAAUGCUUUUUUAUUCAUAUCGUAGCUCCAUAAGAAAAUCGUAUUUGCGACAAGUCACAGAGGUUUGGUUAUUGUUUUGUAAUGAAAUGGAUUCCACCUCACAUAUUUUAAUGGAUCGCAGCAAAUUGCACGAGACUUGGGUACCAUAUUAUGCCUCAAGAGCUAUUGGUUAUCGUAUCAAUAUAGAAAGACUUACAUGGCUUCGAAAUCGUUUAAAUUCGUCUGAAUGGUUACCAAAUGUUUCCGAGGCCUUGAUUGUUCUUAAUAAAUUUGAAAAUUUGAGAAAAGAAUUUGAUAAAGAGAUGCGUAAGUCAUAUGACGAAUGGCAAAAGAAUUGUUGUAGCACAGUUUUAAAUCAAAAGUUGGACCGAUUUUUACUUGCUCGUAGUAAAAAAAAAAAAGGACUACUUGAGUGCAAUAUAGACCCAAGCGUAUUAAGUAUUUGCGAACAAGCCCAACAUUUUUCACGUCUUGGGUUUUCGGUACUUGGACCGGUGCGCAAAAUUUUUGAAAAACAAGAUACCCUCCGAUUUGUUUAUAACAGUGUUUUGCAAGUUUGUCUUAACUAUAAUCAUAUACUAUCUGCAUUAUCCGAACAGGAAAGGAAGUUUUUUCGGUCUCUUAUACAAGCGUGCGAUCGAAAAAUUGCACCGGGAGUUUUCAAAUUAAGCUAUGGAGGUGACCUAAGCGAUGCGUAUAUCGCAGAUUGUGCCAAACAUACAAAUAAGCUACAAGAAACAAUGGAUAUGUAUAAACGUGCUAAUAGGAAUAUUGCCCGAACUUGCGAAAAGAUCUGCAAUACACCAAUGUUAAAAUUUACAUUUACAGGUGCAGUUGCAAUAUCUCUUUUUGAAAGCCAUCUUUCCAAUUACAUUAGACGUGUAAGUAAUGUACUUCGAGGAUACUAUAACACGAUAACGGAUCUAUUAUUUGCUGUUUUUAUGAAGUUUCAACCAGUUAUCGAGGACGUAAGUACAAAACCCUAAAAUAUUCUCAUCUUCGGAACCCGAAGAUUUAAGACAC